CUUUUUCCCUGCUUGUGCUACACAGUGCUCUUUUUAGAUCAAGGUUCAACGACAAUGAAGGUGCCCCCAGAUGUUCGCCAUAUGAAAACAGCCUCUGUGGUCCUGACAAAACUCACACCUACUGACCUCCCGAAGGGCGUCACAUGUAACAUUCAACAAACAGCUACAUGUAGUAUGGUAAACGCUGCGCACAACGCAAGACAGGAUAGCUCCUCGUCGUCAGUGAGCGAGGUCCCGGAAGAUGCCAAAUCAAGAAGGGAUGUAUCAUGUACUACCAGUUAUUCCGAGGAAGGUAGAGCCGGUGAUAUUCAUUCACAUGCGAUUCUAGAUUCAGCAGAGGCUCAGAAAAGCGAAACAGCAUCACUUGACACUUUACCUUUUCCGAGCGCUGAUAGAAACAUGGCGCCUCCAAAACGCGAUUUCAAACAUGAAAGUACCAAGAUAUGCACAUCCGAGAACUUGCCGUAUAUAGAAUCACCAAGGAAACGUAGAAAACUUCAUUUUACCACCUCCCCGAAGAAUUACGAUGCAUACUCACAAGUCCUUCCAGAUGCGGAUAUAAAAGAGAGCAAUAUAACAAGCAAUGCAAACGAGCAGGCAUCAACAUCAAAAGACAAGCAGAUUGGAACCAAAGGCUCAUUGAAUAUGCCUACGGUUAUUGAGAUGAGGUUUGGUAAUCAUGUGAAUGAACCCAGUUGUUCAACCAUUCCCUACAUCAGGAAGAAAAUCAGCGAUACCGUGCUCGGAAAAAUACAGCUUGUCAAUAAUACUGCCAAACAAAUGUCUUGCAAUAAAGAAUUCCUUUCGUCCCACACUGAGAGCAUAUCAAAAGCAUUAUCUGUAAAAUGCUUCGAUGGAAAAACAAUGAAGAAUGUAGAAAGUAGCAUCUGCAAUGAUAAUGAACAAUCGUCUAAAUCCAAAGCUUGUACAAUUAACAGAUGUGAUGUAUCCGUGAAGAGGCCGACCCUUCCUCAUAGUGAUAAAAUCGAUUGCUUCAAUCAGCCAAAGUCUAGUAAGAAAUCCAAGACCAAAUUAGAGAACAUAACAGCAAAGUUGAUGAGAGAGAAACAAGAAGCAGUCAACUUUGCUUCAACGGAAUCUAUUUGCUUAAACUCUUCACCCUACUCAUCGAAAAUCAAACGUGAAACAUUGGGUACUGCUGAGUACACGUCUAUCAUGCCGAUGAACAGACAACAUUCCGCGGAUCAGAGAGGUCACCGAGCCAGAAAACGACCAGUCCAGAAACAGUAUUUACGCGCUGGUUCCGCCAUAAACGUAUCAUUGAAAGAAUUGAUCCCCAAAGAACGAUGUUCCUCUGUGCCUUCUUCUAGUGAAAACAAACUAAACGUGACAAGAAAAAUGCUUAAGACGGCAAUAUCAGCAAGUACAGAUAGUAUUAAGGCUAAAUACAUACCACAGGAAGACUGGCUUCAGGGAACACAGAAGAACGUUCCAAAUAUUCUCGUAAAAUCUAAAUUUGCUACAAAGUCAAAAGGAUCGUCCAACCUAGAACAAGCUGCGACCUGCUCCAAGUCAUCUACAUCAGACCAAAUGUGUAAAGAUAGCUCAGAAACGGCUUCAGUGGAACUAUGUAGACUGCAGAAAAACAAAAGUAUAGGAAAUCCCGAGAUUUUGACAAAGAUUAAACCUAAGAAAAACAGGAAAAAACAGGGCGAAUCAUUCACGGACGAGCUGGUACAACCCGGUCCAUCCGGAUAUCGGAAGAUCUCUGGAGUAGUUGUAGAAGGGAACGCCUUGACAGAGACGUCAGACAAGUCUGACCAUAUUAGUGACACUGGCAGGAUCUCGCCGAAAAAGGAGCGGACGUCAAAUGCUGUACAUAUAAAGAGUGCAAACGCAUUCCCACACAUGAAAGAAUUGCAUCUUCCUGUAAAAGGGUCCCAAAUGCCAAUCAUUAAAACAUCCCCGCAGAAAGGCAAACGUGUAACAUCAACAUACAAAAACGAAAUAGGAUCUGAUAGUCCGAUAUCCUUUAACUUUUCAUCAAAAAUAAAAACAGACAUUCCCAAGGACACGAAUGAAGUAGUAGAAACAACCAGCCUACCAAGUAAAAGCACACCUUCAAUAAAACCAGUGGUCCAGAUGGGCAGUUUUGCCAUCAGUAAAUCACAGGAAAUAAUCCCGAUCAAAUCAAAUGAAUCCUUUCUAACUCCAAACACAAAGCAAAAUGUUAUCACUCCUAAGCGUGUUGGUCAUGCCAUCUCCUAUGCUGAAUACUGCGCGCAGAUGGAUGACGCGGAAGCCUCACAUGACGCGGCGAAGAGCAAGCCAAGAUGGAAUUCAGAGUUUGACGUUGUCAAGGUAACGGAGACUCAGAAAAGUGACGUAGACAUCCGCAACAAUCUCAACGAUCAGUUACGAGACGAUGCUAAUUCCUUGUUGAAAAAACUAAAUCAAUUACAUGUGAAUAAUAGCAAGUGUUCGGAAGAUACCAAGAGUGCACAAUAUUCUGAUACUGUCGGUGAGCACGAUUGUUCUGAAGUAGUAAUCAAACAAGAAAAAGAUGAAGAUCCUAUUAAAGUAGACAUAGAUGAUGAUGAUGAUGACACAGCCAGUGUACACCUGUCAGAUCAUAGAUACACGAAGACUCCGGACGCCUCGCCCGCCAAGCCCCUAACUAAGGACAUUCUCCACCAAAUUUCGACCAAGUCUGGUACUGUAGCGAUGGUUAACCGUAAACAGACAACCGAAGUGGAACGUAAACAGCCCGUAUAUGCCGUGAAAUACGGUAACAAGCUCUUCCUCAUACAUAGCAAAGACGACAAGAAUAACGGGGACGUUAAAACAGGAACGAACAAUCCAAAGGGGGUAUCAAGUUUUAAGGCCAUUUCUCCAAAGAUCGAAAUUAAAACAGACAAAGAACAGACACUUAAAGACAGUCCGAAUUUGGCUAAGAAAAAGACUAAUCGUAAAAUUAAUACAGGUAAAUUAGUUCCAAAACGCAAAUUGGAUUUUAUAAGGCAGCUAGUGCUGAAUCAGAAAUAUUUGAGACGGAAAAAGAAGCAAGAAAAACAGUCUAUUUAUUCGUGUAGAUCCAACAGAACGUCCGUUAUCAGGAAUGCCAAGGUAGUCUACAUCACGCGAAGCAACGACACGAUACAGACCACUACGUCUAGAGUAAGUAUCACCCUUACCAAGGGUACAGACGCGGAGUUGAAGCGCUGGAGUAGAUACGCCGACUUCAAGGCACAACUCACCUACCAUGACGAGGACAACACAUUGAUACAUAUCAAGGUCGACGAGCUCCAGCCUGGUUUCUACAAAAUGAUGCCAGUAAGUGACACGUCCGAUACAAAAACAACCACAGUGAUUCUGAGCUGUCUACCUCCUCAUCCUGACGCCAUUACAGAAGGGGACGCCUUCAUCGCUGUCGGACCAUUGCGAAAUGUUGUGGACACGGGAGAGGACGUGAAACAAACCGAGGAAUGGUCGUUAUCCCAACUCGGCAAAAAUCUCAUCUCAAUUCUUCCGUCCACAGCCAUGUGUCAUGGUAACCUGUAUUCUAGCGAUGUCAGUUACCGCCCCAAGAUGGAUGCACGGGAAUGGUAUGGAGCUAGCGUUUUUGACAUCUUUACAAGAAAGUAUUGCCGCCAGAAGAGAGUUUUGCAGCGGCGAAAGUGGGACAAAAACCCGUACGACAAAACCUUCAAUUAGAAGCGAUGUCGUUACUCUUACCAUACAAGUACAACUCUUACCAUUGAAGUACAACCAGGUCAGCUCCCUAAUGCAGAGUGUCAAGUUCUGGAUUUGUAAGAAGACAUUUUCAACAAACGACACGGAGAGGAACCCUGAAGUAAAUCGUCCAACGGUCAAGAAAUGAAUAUUCAUGACAAUAUGAACAAUCAGCACGGAAAGGAAUCCUACAGCAAAGUCAACACCUGAUAUGUAAUGAAUGGUUUACAACCCUUCCAACAAGGACCGGAAUUCUACACGUUAACGUUCAAAUGUCAAGAAUUGAAAACCUAUACCAGCAUGGCUGAAACAGGGCUUGAAAGUCUAGUUGUGUUAUUCCUUUACAAAUCUAUUAAAUGCUAUACGACAUCCAUUACAAACCACACGUCAAGGAUACACUGCAGACACGAAUAACUCCAUUACAAACCACACGUCAAGGAUACAUUGCAGACAAGAAUAACUCCAUUACAAACCACACGUCAAGGAUACACUGUAGACACGAAUAAAUCCAUUACAGACCAUACGUCAAGGAUACACU